CCCAGGCUCCUGGUGUGCCGGUUAUCUGAAGUUGGGCCUUUUGGUGGAGGGUGGAGGCAGCACACUUCAGCCAGGACUUGUCACAGUACUCCCAGAGCCACAGUGGGACCCGGGCACCUGAGAGCGAUCCCAGCAGAGUGGGAGUGAGAGCACAGAGGACGCCACAGUAGCAGCUCUGAGUCCGUCCCGGGACUUGGCACAAAGUUUUCAUCACACUAUCACAAGUGUGUGUUACUUGAGAUUGUGCUUGGAAGUUCUUCCAGUUCCGCCUUUGGAUCUGUUUGAAGAAAAACAAAACACGGCACAAUGGAUAUGGAUGCUAUAUACGAGUAUGAGUACCAUGAUUAUCCUGCUCCUACCGUAAGACAGCCGGAAAGAAUUCCACCCUGUGACCCCACGGCUGACGACAGGCUCUACCACAUAUGCAUCAGUGCAAUAUCACUUGUCAUCUUGAUGAUCCUCGCCAUCCUCGCCAGACGCUCCAAGCCAGGAGACCGACAGAGAGGGCUCCUCAGUCUGCUCAGUCCGGUCAACUUCCUGGAUCACACGCAGCACAAGGGUCUGGCAGUGGCUGUGUUUGGAGUGCUCAUGUGCAAACUCUGUGGCCUGGUCCUGUCCCGGAGCCCCCUUCCCUUCACAGCUGAGGUGGAGAGCAAACAGAACUGGAUGAUUCUCGGGGUCUUCUACUACCCUGCGCUCUACUAUCCCCUCCUGGCGUGCGGAACGCUGCAUAACAAAGUCGGCUAUGUGCUGGGCAGCCUGCUGUCCUGGACGCACUUUGGAGUUCUGGUCUGGCAAAAAAUCGACUGCCCCAAAACUGAUCAGGUCCACAAACACUUCGUCCUCCUCUCCAGUUUGCCACAAAUCGCCUGCUUGGCCUUCCUCAGCUUCCAGUAUCCGCUCCUCCUCUUCAAAGGCCUCAACAGCGCCGGCAGCAGCGGCAGCAGCGUCACAGAGGAUCUGCGCUGCAGCUACUACAAGGAAUACGUUAAGUCCAUUUUCAAGAAGAAGAAGUCCGCCUCGGCCAGCGCUUCAGAGUCGCCAAGCGUCCUUCAGCGAGUCAAGGAUGCCGUGAUGUCCUACGUUUACACUCCAGAAGAUGCGUUUCGGUUUCCACUGAAGCUGGCCAUAUCUGGGGUGGUGUCGUUCAUCGUCGUCUACCAGGUGGCGCUGCUCUUCAUCCUCAUUGUGGUGCCAGAGCUCCAGUACAUCCGCCUGGGCGUGAACGAGGACAUCGCCAACGUUUUAGCGAGUUUCAGAAUCACGCUGUCACAUGACCGCCAGGAGGUGGUCCGACUGGUGGUGCAUUACAUCUGGAGCGUGGAAGUGUGUUUCAUCUCAGCCGUGACUCUGUCGGCGCUGGUCAACCUGGCCAUGUUCAUGCGCUCCAUGGUUCUGCACAGGUCGAACCUCAAAGGGCUGUACAGAGGAGACAUCUACAACGUGUACAACUGCCAGAGAAGCAUCCGAGCUUCCCGGCCGGCGCUGGUCUGCUGGAUGAGCUACACCAGCUUCACCGCGGCCCACGUCUGCAUCAGCGUGAUCAUGCAGGUCAUCGUCUUCUUCCUGGGCCUCCUGGUGGUGGUCUUCCUGGUCAUCAUCCCCAUCACGCAGGGUCAGAACCUGUUCCUGUUUCAGAUGAUGUGGAGCAUGUGGCCUUUCUGGCUGAUGGUUAUCUUGGCGGUUCUGAUUCAACACAUCACUGCCAGAUUCUGCUUCAUACGGAAAACAGCUGCAACUCGCGACCUUGACAACAGGGGGAGUCUGUUCCUGCUGACUUACCUGCUGUUUCCAGUCAAUGUUCUGAUCGGGGUUCUGCUGGCACUCUGGCGCCUGGUCGUCACCGCCAUCUUCAACAUCAUCCACAUGGGACGGAUGGACAUCAGUCUGCUGAACAGGAACGUGGAGUCGUUUGACCCAGCCUACCGCUGCUACGCGCAUUAUCUGAAGAUCGAGGUGAGCCAGUCCCACCCCGUCAUGAAGGCCUUCUGUGGGGUCCUGCUGCAGUCUGUGGAGCAGGAGAACGCUGCUGUGCUCAAGAGCCGGGACGCUGAAGAAGGGAUCCAGCUGGUGCAGCAGGACAGGAAGCCGGGCAGAGUGAGCAGUGCCAAGAGGGCCCGCGGCCACUGGCAGCUGCUCUACACCCUGGUGAGGAACCCCUCGCUGGUGGGCACCCGGAGGCCCGGCCAGCGUCCGGCCGGCGAGAGCCUGGUGAACGGAAGCAUGAACCGCAAGGAGGGAAGCAAGAAGAGCAGCAAGGACGCCGCCGCCUCCAGCAACUGAGCCUCGCCGCGCUCGCCACCCUACCAAACGCCAUUCCAGGCUCGUCCUGCGCCUCACAACAGCCUGUCGUUCUCACGUGCUUCUUUUGUAUUAAACUACAUGUGCAUCCUCCAGUGA